AUGCUGGGUACCGUCAGUUCAGCAUGGCAUGAAGAGACGUACGGUCUGCUCGGUCAAGGGAAAGGGAAGACCGCGAACUAUCACUCUUGCCAUAGGAAAGGGAUGUGCAUAAUUGUCCUUUCGGCAAUUUCAAUCACAACCAUGUUUUUGUUCUUCAGUCCUCCAAUACUGGCUACUCCCGAUGAAGGACUUUGUCCCCAUCCUGUUUUGCAACUUACGAGGAAUGCCCAAAACGCAUUCGAUACAACUGUGAAACGGCAAUCAAAAUCAUUGAAUGAGGCCAUUGCUGAAUACAAACGUCGAUACAACAUGCCACCACCUCCUCACUUUGACGCGUGGUACAAAUUCGCCACAGACAGAGGGACAGUCCUAAUAGAUGAAUUCGAUAUAAUCUACCACGCACUACUUCCAUUCUGGGGCGUUUCUCCAAGCGUGAUCCGCGAACGAACAAGACAAGACCUUGGAUACAAGGAUAACAUGUUCAUGGGUUGGUCGAUACGAGCCGGCAAGCCGAUCUACACUGUCUUUGGCGAACGGUACCAGCGCGAUGGAAUGAAGAUGAUCAUUGACAAGUUCGCGGAAUAUUUACCAGACAUUGAUAUGGCGUUCAAUGUUCACGAUGAGCCGCGAGUUGUUGUUGCUCAUGAACAGUUGAGUCGGAUGGUCUCUCUUGGUAGAGAAGCUCAGAAUCAGUUGGCUCAGGCAUCCUCCCCAAGGGGUACAUUUUCGAAGCGGGAAUAUGUAUCUGAGUGGAUCACAUCAGUCUCGACUACUCGAUACAACAACCUGGCGCUACAAGAAAAUUGGGUUUAUUCGAGCAUGUCAUGUCCUGCAGACACUCCAGCGAGAAAACUUGACGGGGACCCUCAAGAUGACACAGCUUCGUACGCCGUUCAGCCUCUGGGUUUUGUUUACAACCACACUGCCUUCAGCGAUAUAUGCAGGAACCCUUCGCUGCGGAACCGUGUAGGUCUCUUCAAGGCACCACAUAUUUUGAAGCUGACGGAUGAGAUCGCUCCUGUGUUCUCUGUGUCAGCGCCUUCUUCUUUCCAAGAUAUUCCAAUGCCAUCGAUGUGGUACUACAUGGAUAAAAUGUCUUAUGAAGAGGACAUUGACUCUGAAUGGAAAGACAAGAAACCUCAACUGUACUGGAGAGGAGGCAACAGCGGUGCCCACACAAAGGCAGAUACCUGGCGCCAUUCUUUGCGACAGCAAGUUGUGGGGAAUUUGACUCAUCCUACUUCACCGCAAUAUACCUUUAAACCGAACUCAAGAUCGCCAGCGCCAUCAUGUAGUGAGUUUGGCAGUAAUGAUGGAGCUCUCGAACAAAUCCAUUCAGAAAGAUACCGGGACCAUUUCAACAUCAAAUUUACGGAAAUUGAUUAUUGCGAAGAUGACUGCAAAUCACAAAUUGAAUUCUUCGGAGAACCAGCCAGUUUCGAAUGGCCGAAAGAAGCAUGGCGGCACCGCUACUUACUAGAUAUGGAUGGCUGGGCAUACAGCGGAAGGUUCUAUGCCUUCCUGCGCAGUAAGAGUCUACCCAUGAAACUCUCAAUCUUUCGUGAAUGGCAUCAAGAUAUCCUGGUCCCAUGGGUCCAUUAUGUGCCCCUCAACAAGGAUGUGGACGAAGUUCCCGAGUUGAUCCGAUAUUUUGAAAAUGAUCACACUGGACGAGUCAUUGCGCAGACUAUGGCUGAAAAUGGGAGAACAUGGGCAAAAAGAUUCGCUCGGGUGCAAGAUGAUAACCGGGAAAUGCUGGCGUACAAGGAGUGA